AUGGAAGAGGCGGGAAAUGUUGCAUUGGUGUGGGUGGAUCAAUCAGGGGAAGCCGCCUCCUCCUCUGCAGAGUGGAAGGAGAGCUGGGAGGUGGAGUUCUCGCGCUUCUUCAACUUCCCCUCCGUCUCCUCCGAUGCGUUGGCCUCCCACAGCCUCAAGCCGAUCACCAAGUAUAGAACCCGCGGGGGGACCUGGGUUACAGCUUCAUCUCAGGCCAGGCUCCAGCUGGUCAGACUUCGAGCUGACGUUGAUCCUGUCAUCUCCGUCUCUAUCCGAGGAACGAUGAUCGUCAGUGCCUCACCGCCUUGUUCACCACUUCUCCAUUCCCCUUUUUAUAGAAUUCCGUUGUUAUUCUUCUGUCUUGUUCGGUAUAGUUAGAUCGCAGUUCCGGUCUGCUGGCGCUUUCAAAGUUAUGGUGACAAAUUUGAGUGGUCUUCAUGGUUCCCUCUUCAUCUCUUCUUCUAGUUGUAGUUAAAGACAUUGGAGAGAGAGUUUGCGAAAUUGCUGAGGCUCUCGUAUCCCGUUAUCACUACGGAGACUUUUAUUCAUAGAUUUAUUCGUCGUUUUAGAUUCUAUUAGCACUUAAAUAAAGCCACUGGAAAGGAAUUAGGGAGAUUCGUGAGGCUCGUCGAUUCCUCUCCUCCCCCAGCAUUCCGCGAUCUUCUAAAAAUUGAUUUGUCUAUCUUCUCCAGAAUUUUAUAGCGUGAAACAAAGAUGAAAGUAUAUUUGUUUUUACGCGAUCCAUUUUUAUUCUCAAGUAUUCAUAGUUAUGAUUGAAAACAUAACUAUGAAAACUUUUCCAUUGAAAAUAAUCCAUACAGUUUCAACACUAGUAGGUUUUGAUAUCAGUGAUGACAUUUUUUAUCUGGUUAAGUUAGUAUCCAUUUCAUUUUUAUAUGAUUUCGGUAUACAAUCACCCUGGAUUACGUACAUGCAUGAAAUUGAUAGUUAUGAAAUCUAUCUUUAUAAUUGAGCGACUUUGAGUCCCGAAAUGACUGAGUGGAGUUGAAACUUUUUUUUUUUCAUUACAGAGUUUUUAAAAUUCACUUGUCAGAGUGAUCAGCUAUUGUGGACACCCGUAUACUACGCACUUCGUACCGUCUAUUAUAUAUACACCCCUGUGCGCGGGAGCAGCAACAGGACUGGUCUUUUUGCCCUCAGGAUUAGAGUGGACUCUGACCAGUCUUGAGUCGAGGUCCAUUAUCCAGGAUACCAAUUGUGUCCUAACCCCUGAGAUGGACCGAAAAGCCAAAGAUAAAUGACUGCAGUGACAAGGAAAAUAGGGAUUUCCAAAGGAACGGUUAUCCUUUAAUGUUUCACGUAUGUGUAUCACAUGCCUCACAUAAGUGGGUCGUUUUCUCAAAAAAAUACAAAAGACUUCAGAUAACACAUGCUUUUUCUUCCAAUUAUGAUGGAUUUUUUUAAUCUUCAUUUUUAGCUUUUACAUUCUCUACGCUGGUAAGGUUUAAAUGUACUUAAUUUUUUUCGUCCCAACAGGUUUUUACCCUUACUUUUUUUCAAGGGAACUCUUAGGCUUUGCCGGGAAUCAGGUGAUAGAUAUUUACGUUUUUCUUUACAUUCUUGCUACAGGAAGAACACUUCAUCUCCAAUCUAAGUAUCUCCUGGCCUCAGGUGUCUUGUGCAUCUGAGUGCCCCACCAGGGGUAGCAGAGUGAUAUUUUUCAGUUAUAUUUGUUCCUCUGGUCAGGCGAGUAUCAUAUACCACUAUUUUCCCACGACUAGCGUCGGUGACAUAUAAUGAUCCAAUUUUUUUUUCGUUCUUCAUAAUCUUGCCUUUCUCGUUGUUCUCAUUAAAAUUUUUAUUUACAAUGAAUAUUAACUAUAAUAGAAUAUCUCUUGUGUAUUUGCAGACACAUAAGUUUGCGAUCCGAUUUAAUGCAUCUUCCCUGCUGCAAGAUUUUCUUUAUAAUAUUGAGGUACGUAAUAUCUCUUAAUUAUCUCCUAUUGUUGGUUUUAUCUUUAACUUUUGAACUAUGGUCCAUAUAUUGUGUGUAUUGAUGCUUGAUCCAAAUAUUUUUCAUGCAUUCUUGGACACUGUAAAAACCAAAUUAUUGCAUCAGAUGUCUCUGGAAAUGCGAAUAUUUUUUCCUUUUUUUUUUAUAGAAAAGUCAACAUGUUUUCUAUCUAUAAAUCCUGCUGUGACGAUUUGAUUUUGAGGAUUUGAGACUGCAUAAUAAUUAGGAAACAUGAUGUUAAAUACAUUGUUUUUUGGGAAGAAUGUUUUUUAACGCUGUUCUUGUGUGAUACUUCUUUCGUAUACUCAUAGUAAAUAGUAAUAUUACUUAUUUUGACAAUGGAAUAUUUGAUGCCUGGGAGCCGUGCUUUACCUUGAUGUGUCCCAUGAUAUUACUGAAAUUUUAUUACUGAGUAUCUUACCAGUCCGCAGACCUACCUCCUUCGUAUAUAAAAAGGUUAAUUUUGGGUAGGACCUAUCUUAGAUAGAUAAAUCUUGCACUUCAUCCACGUCUAAACCUGUUGUGUAUACAGUAAUCUUAUAUAAUGAUUUUUUAUAUUUUAAAUAUGAUAAUUUUAUAAAUCAUCAAUCGUGAUGCUGUCCUCAGGCUAAUCAUCCCUUAACGCAAAUGAGUUGCCAUCACUGUCUGAGCCGCCUGUAGCAUAACUACUAGAUUUGUCCUUGUUAAGAGUCACAUUGACGUUCCGCAUCACUCAUUCUUAAUUGGGCCACAUCCUUCAUUUUAGUUGAUAAUGUCUCUAUUGAAGGUAUUGACUGCCGCUUUAAACGUUGACCUCGAAUUUUUACUCAAUAUUUUUGGUUAUCCAUUUUAUUUUCUUUUUAUGGACGCUAACAAGUUACAAGCGAAGUAUAUGAUCAAGAUUUCGGUGCAUGUCAGGGAUCACAUCAGAAGCUAUGAUUGCAAUAUUCAUCUGUCCCCUAGGAUCAACUUUAAUUAUGCUCAUUAAUGAAGUGAUCAUGCCCACAGUCUCUGACCUUUCUCCUCUCUUGCUCUCCUCCAACACUUUUCUCCACAGAAGAUUUGUAAUGACAAGAAGGUUGCUGGCACUCUUCUAUGUGAGGAGCCAACAACUUCUGAUCAAAUUGGUUCGAACAGGCUUCAACACAGGUGAAUAGAUUCCAUGUUUCCACAUCCACCUUCUUUCCCCCCCAUGAUCUUCCAGAAUCGCAAGGUUCAGAGAAUAUGAUUUUUUUCUAAAAAUAAAUUCGCAUCUUAUAUACGCUACUGUCACUGGCCAACUCACACUAAACGAAGAAUUCUUUUAAAAUAUUGUGUGAUGCGCACUGUUGUACCAACAGAAGUAGCGAAGAAUCCGGCUUCAGCAAGCCUUCUUCCCCAUAUACACCGGAGUUGCCAGUCUUGUCUAUAACUGACGGCGAGAGCAGAUGCUCUCUGCAACCAUUGUUCGUAGACGACAUUGAAGCCUUCUUAGGAGUGCCUCCGAGUUUCACAGAGCUACUCACCGAAUGCUCAACUCAAAUUGGUACUAUCUACAGUCUACUCCCCUGGAUUUUCCUUUUUGAUAUCCGUAUCGGCAAUAAUACCUAAGAGUAUUGCCAUGCAUUACCGUUGUGUGCAUUAUUUUUAAAAUCUUUUGGUUACUAAAUAUCGAGCAUGCAUAUAUGGACCAUGUACUAAUUUUUUGUUAAUAUAUGGACGAUGUACCUGAACAUAACAUGGCAUCUUAACAAAUAUACUCAUUCCUAUUGCGCCCAUGUCAUGUCCUACGGAUUCUGAGCGCCUGAACGGGAUGAAUGUAUGGGUAUUCUUAUUCGUUAUAUAUAUUUUUUUAAAAUCUCUAAAUAUGGACAUUGCAGCCCAACGAAUGCAAGGAGCAGGAGACAAUCGUACGGAUAGAAACACGGAGGUACUUUAGACAAAUAACAAUCUCUCAAAAAAAAAUCCCAAUUUGGCGUUCUCAGUGUCGACCUUCUGUAUAACAUUUCCCUUUUGGAUUACAUCGACGCAGAAAGCCGCAUCGAAUUCGCCUCUGCGUGACAGCCUGAACGGUGAGUCCUCCUUUUCGGGGCUCUCUUCGAUGGUCUUCCCCGUCAAGUCAACGCCUUUGUGGGCCUCCCUGCAGCAGUUUCCGUCGACGACUUCCUGACCAGCCUGGAGCAGCUAAUGCUGGCGGGAGAGGCCGAUCUCAAAUGCCAGAUCGAGGUACAUAUAGUCAACCCUUCCAAAGAGUCCCAUUUCCUCGGUUUCUCGACCCCAUUUCCUUACCGAUAGAUCACUCGCCCUUUCUCGCAGAAAUGCCUGGCCGACGCUUCUUUCCGAGGUACGGACGCCAACCCUUUCUCGCCCUUAUAGUUUGACGAAUAAAGUUUUCUUAGGGGGCGUUCAAUUGUCUCGCUUGAUACUUAGGACGCCCGGGUGGAGUAGUAGUCAUGAUCAAGUGCUUACUCUUGACCACAUUUGGAUCAUGGAACGUUAGUUGCGGAGGCGCCGAUCACCUAGCUGACCACUUGCAUAUAUUCUUUAACGUGCCAGAUAUGUUGGCCAAAAUAGAGAGGGUCGUCGAUGAGCUGGGAGGUGAAUCGACGGCACUUAGUUCCUCCCCGCCCCGCACAGACUAGGCCCCUUCUCGAGACGAUGGAAUGGCCCGUCGGAAGAUGAUGCGUCAAAUCCCACUGCCAUUGUCGGCCUUAGUUGUGUCCCUUUGUCGUCUCCAAAUAUGGAAAACUUCCUUCUACCAGUCUUUGCCCCUCGCAAUCAACACUCCUCCGCAGAACCCAUGGCGCAGAGAGGCGGUGGGCUGUUUGGCUCGGUGAAAACGUGCGCGCGAGAGCCGCAUCUCCGUGGGAAUCUCACGCGCUGACGAGAAACCCUCCGUCUACUCUCCCUAACCCACCGAAAACCAUUAUUGAACUCCCCCUGGGUUUUCGGUGGGUCUAA